GAAGAGAGACAGGGGCACAGAGAGACAGAGCUGCAGAGAUUGAGGCAGAGGCUGGGCCCCGCUCGGCACCCGUGGGGGUCCCCGGCAGUCAGGCAGGCAGGCAGAGGCUACCUCGGGACCGCCCAGGACCAGGCUGACAGCUCCGAUGAGCUCCACCGUGGCUGCAGCUGCACCUGCAGCGGGGGCUGCCUCCAGGAAGGAGUCUCCAGGCAGGUGGGGCCUGGGGGAGGAUCCAGCAGGCGUGGGCCCCUCGCUGCAGUGCCGCGUGUGCGGGGACAGCAGCAGCGGGAAGCACUACGGCAUCUACGCCUGCAACGGCUGCAGCGGUUUCUUCAAGCGCAGCGUGAGGCGCAGGCUCAUCUACAGGUGCCAGGUGGGGGCGGGGACGUGCCCCGUGGACAAGGCCCAUCGCAAUCAGUGCCAGGCCUGCCGGCUGAAGAAGUGCUUGCAGGCGGGCAUGAACCAGGACGCUGUGCAGAACGAGCGCCAGCCCCGAAGCACAGCGCAGGUCCGUCUGGACAGCAUGGAGUCAGACGCUGAGCCCCGGCCCCAGCCCCUGGUGGCUCCUCCGGCCCCAGCAGGGCCCAGCCCACGGGGCCCCACACCCGUGUCUGCGGCCAGGGCCCUGGGCCACCACUUCAUGGCCAGCCUUAUAACAGCCGAAACCUGUGCUAAGCUGGAGCCAGAGGAUGCUGAUGAAAAUAUUGACGUCACCAGCAAUGACCCCGAGUUCCCCUCAUCUCCAUACUCUUCUUCCUCCCCCUGUGGCCUGGACAGCAUCCACGAGACGUCGGCUCGCCUGCUGUUCAUGGCUGUCAAAUGGGCUAAGAACCUGCCCGUGUUCUCCAGCCUGCCCUUCCGGGAUCAGGUGAUCCUGCUGGAAGAGGCGUGGAGUGAGCUCUUCCUCCUGGCAGCCAUACAGUGGUCUCUGCCCCUGGACGGCUGCCCGCUGCUGCUCCCGCCCGAGGCCUCUGCUGCCGGCAGCGCUCAGGGCCGGCUCACGCUGGCCAGCGUGGAGACGCGCGUCCUGCGGGAAACCAUCUCUCGGUUCCGGGCACUGGCGGUGGACCCCACAGAGUUCGCCUGCAUGAAGGCCCUGGUCCUCUUCAAACCAGAAACGCGGGGCCUGAAGGAUCCCGAGCACGUGGAGGCCUUGCAGGACCAGUCCCAGGUGAUGCUGAGCCAGCACAGCAAGGCCCACCACCCCAGCCAGCCCGUCAGGUUUGGGAAAUUGCUCCUACUCCUCCCAUCUUUGAGGUUUAUCACUUCUGAACGCAUCGAGCUCCUCUUUUUCCGCAAGACCAUAGGGAAUACUCCAAUGGAGAAGCUCCUUUGUGAUAUGUUCAAAAACUAGUGGGGGUGGAAGUAAAAUGUUUAUACACGCUCUGGAAAACAAUCUACUGAAGCUAAACAUUUGCUUACCCUUUGACCCAG